AUGCGUCGCUCUGCAUUGCGGGCCAUCGAGUCUGCGAAGCCUCUCACACGAGCUCCUCGCUCAGUGUCGAGAAGCUUUGCUACCCUUAACGACUCGGCGAAGGACCCUGCCGAACUUGACCAGAUCACUACACUCCCGAAUGGCAUUCGCGUUGCUACAGAGUCAUUACCCGGUCCCUUCGCUGGUGUCGGAGUUUACGUCGAUGCCGGAUCCCGCUAUGAAGACGCCAGUCUGCGCGGUGUCAGCCAUAUCAUGGACCGCUUAGCCUUCAAAUCAACCAAGUCACAUACCGGAGAUGAGAUGCUCGAGAUCCUUGAGUCGUUGGGUGGUAACAUUCAAUGCGCCUCGUCUCGGGAAUCUCUGAUGUAUCAGUCGGCCACUUUCAACUCGGCAGUCCCUACGACUCUUGGUCUGCUGGCGGAGACCAUUCGGGAUCCUUUGAUUACCGAUGAGGAAGUUCUCCAACAACUUGCAACGGCGGAGUAUGAAAUUGGUGAAAUCUGGGCGAAACCCGAACUCAUCUUGCCGGAACUGGUUCACAUGACGGCCUACAAGGACAACACGCUCGGCAACCCCUUGUUAUGCCCGAGCGAGCGACUAGGAGAAAUCAACAAGGCCGUGGUGGAGCGUUAUCGGGAGGUUUUUUCAACCCGGAUCGCAUGGUGGUCGCCUUUGCCGGCCAGUGACAUUAGCAAGACCAAGGGCCCUGUUCUUUCUGGUGCUGGAAUUGAUACCACCCUGUCGGAUUCUCAUUCUGCAGCCACUGAGGGCCAGGUGCCGACCGUCCCGCAUUUCACGCCUUCGUCGACAACGACCAGCCCAGCUGCCUCGCAGAGCACCCAAUCCUCGCUGCUGUCCAAACUACCGUUUCUCAAGAAUCUCUCAUCAUCCGCAAAUAAGAAGACCACCGUCGAGCCUCUCGACCCGUCUUUGAUUGAGCCUUCGUCGUUGGAUCUCCGGCGACCUGCACACUACACUGGUGGCUUCAUUGCUCUUCCCCCGAUCCCUCCGCCCGCCAACCCAAUGCUCCCGCGCCUGAGCCAUAUUCACCUUGCCUUUGAAGCACUCCCCAUCUCCUCUCCUGAUAUUUAUGCUCUCGCCACCCUCCAAACAUUGCUGGGUGGUGGUGGCUCAUUCUCUGCCGGCGGCCCCGGCAAGGGCAUGUACUCACGCCUCUACACUAAUGUCCUCAACCAGCACGGCUGGGUUGAGAGCUGUAUCGCCUUCAACCACAGCUACACCGACAGUGGAAUCUUCGGAAUCUCCGCAUCGUGCAGCCCCACCCGCACGACAGAGAUGCUGGAGGUCAUGUGCCGAGAGCUGCAGUCGCUGACACUGGACACAGGCUUCAGUGCUCUCCAGCCGCAGGAGGUCAACCGUGCCAAGAAUCAGCUUCGUUCGUCGCUCCUGAUGAACCUGGAGUCUCGCAUGGUGGAACUCGAGGAUCUUGGCCGGCAGGUCCAGGUGCACGGUCGCAAGGUCGGUGUGCGAGAGAUGUGCGAGCAGAUUGAGUCGCUGACUGUCGAGGAUCUGCGCCGUGUGGCUCGCCAGGUCUUCGGUGGUCAAGUCCUUAACAACGGGAACGGAACUGGUAAACCCACGGUCGUGCUGCAAGAGGGCGAGUUGGAGGGCUACAAACUGCGUUCAUUCCCCUGGGAAGAGAUCCAGGACCGUAUUGCGCGAUGGAAGCUUGGCCGCCGCUAA